AUGGUAUUGUUACAAGGCCUGGUAUUUGGCCGUGCUGUAAUGGAAUCGCUAGCACGAAGGGGUGUAGUUCCAGCAGCAACUACUGUACGUCUCUCUCACCGAAAUCGGGCGCAGCGUAAAAGUGGACUGUACCGUGGAUGCAAGCGUACGACAAAUCCUUAUGAAAGUAAGGAAUUACUGCAAAGAUUAGAGAGGUGUUCAGUUCGCCAUUUGUCAUCAGGAACGACAAUUGUUUCAUCUUCGAAAUCGUUGGAAGAGCUUCUCAAAGAUGAAGUUUGGAUUCCAGUUUAUCGUUUUCGUGGGAUCCAUUAUUCUGUUUUGGCAAUGAAAAUGAAGCUGGCAUUAACACUCUCAAGUGUGACUUUGAUCCCAUAUAAAUAUUGGCAAUAUCUUGAGGAUGCAGUACCCAUCAACCAUCUCGCAUCUAUUUCAGCUUUUGCCUCCUUCACAACUUUGGCAUUCAUCUUCUUUUGCAGAUAUUUCAAUGGUCUAAUAGGCGUGAUUUCGAUGAACGAAACUAAUGAAUAUAUACGGGUCGGAUAUUUGUCAUUUUGGGGAAAUAGACGUAAUAAAUACAUAAAAUUAGAUGAUGUCAUACCGCUUAAUGAAUCAAGCACUGGGAUUAAUAGUAAAAUUGUACGCUUUCGACGAUAUUCAUCGAAUGAAGUGCUGAAUCUAGCAUUAUUUAACAUGGAACUGUUGGACGAUGAACGAGCCACUAUUCUGUUCGGUGAUACGGCUGUCUUCCCUCUCUCUAGCAAAGAAGUGAAAUGA